GCCGUGAGGCGAGCCCGGCGGCAGCGCCCAAGCAGCGGAGGGUGCACGGGCCUAGGAGGGGGAUCGAGAGCAGCAGCUGCGCAGCCGGCUCCCGCCCCGCGCGUUUUUUCUCUCUGCACUUCCCGGACCUUUCGUCACCUUGAACAUCAGCGAGUGCCCGGAGCUUAUCCGUAAGGCCCGCUCACAUUCGAGACUAGGCCGCCGAUGCUCCGCACCAGGGAGCAGGUCCCGCCCUGAGCCCUGGGAGCAGUGCUACCGGGUGUGGCUGGUUGCCAUGGCAACUGGCGAGGGCGCCCUCGAUCGACGGGUGAGGCAUUUCCUCUGCGCGGCGUGGUGAGGUGGCGGCCGGCGGCGGGGAUCCGAGAGCCAGCGUGUGGCAGCCCCUGCGGGUGCUCUCAUGAACGAGAGUCGAGGCUGGAGCUGCCAGGGCACCACGGGGCACCAUGAGAACGGGCAACGAACGGAGCCAAGAGUGCCUCCCGCCGAAGAAGCGGGAGAUUCUCGCCGCCAAUGCCGGCACUGAGGCGGGACGGGCAGGGGUUGUCCAGGCCACGGGCGAGGGCACCGAGUGGGCCCAGACAGCCCUGUGCUAUGGCCCGGGUGAGGCCGUGGAAGCAGUGGCAGGGCUGACAGUGGACCAGUAUGGGAUGCUCUACAAAGUGGCAGCGCCACCUGCCACCUUCUCCCCCCCAGGUCUGCACCCCAUGGUGAACGUGACCCCCCUGCCCCCUGCCUUCAGUGUGACUUCGCCAAUAAUCCAGCACUCAGAGGUGCCCUACCCUCCCAUUCACUACGGACACAUCACCCCAACAUCCUUACAGUUCAUCGGCUUGCAUUACACAGUGCCCUAUUCUGUCCUUUCUGGCAUCUUGCCUAGUCCUCUCCUGUCUUCUUCCACCAACCUCACCACCUCUCAUGUCCCCCACUUUGUGCCAUAUGCCUCUCUCUUCGUGGAAGAAACCACUCCUUCCCCCCAGACUACCUCUCCUACCCCCACCUUCAGCAAAUUCACUUCUGCAGUUUCUCCUGGCCAGAUGCAGCACCAUGCUGGGACCCAGCUGUUAGAUACUGCACCAGCUAGAAUUCCUGUUUAUUAUCAGAUGUCACGCCUCCCACCAGGGUAUUCAGCACAUGAGACACCUACAGCAGGCAGAAGCCCAGAGUCUCCUCAGAAAGACAGUCAGCUGAAUUCAGAUGUAGCUGCUGCCAAUGGUGGACAGAGACAUCCAGAGCAUAAUGUUUCGAGAAGGACCAGUGAGGCUGUGGAUUCUGCCAGCAAGAGAGCUGAAGACUGUCUGCCAGGAGCUGCAGCAGGAUGUGUGGUUGAUGGACAGUUCCUUUCAGGUUACCAGACCUUGGGAACAGAGGUCUCUGUGCCACCUCACAGAAGCACCCCAGACACUGAUCUGGAGGUUCAGAGGGUGGUGGGGGUGUUGGCAUCUAAGGAUUAUCAUAUUCUGGCACCCCGGAGGAAAGAUGACCUGAGCCCUUUAAAAUUUUGCCAUAAACCGCAACACCCUGAUCAGCAGGGAGAGUCAAAAGACAUGCUGAGGAACACAGUGGAAAGGGCUGCUGCUGAGAAAAGCCAGUCCAGGAAUCCAUAUGUAGUGUGUCCUGAAGAGCCGGUUAGACAAAGACAUUUAACCAAAGGAAUGGUGAUAGCCAACGGCAAGCCAGUCCUGGUUGCCAUUGGAUCUGAGCCCAUCAGGUCUUCCACUUCAGAAACCCUGCUGGGGUGGAGCUCAGAUGCACAGACUCAAGGAAGUGUGCUCGUAAAGGACCCUGCCCAGCUGCAGCCACCCAGCUUCUCACACUUUCCCUCUCAUUUCAUGAAAGGAACCAUCAUCCAGCUGGGUACAGGAGAGCUGAAGCGGGUAGAGGACCUGAAGACUCAAGACUUUGUUCACAGUGCAGAGGUGAGUGGGGGCCUGAAGAUCAACUCCAGCACUGUGGUGGAUAUUCAGGAAAGCCAGUGGCCUGGGCUUGUCACACUGCAUUUUGUGGUUGGGGAGCAGCAAAGUAAAGUGAGCAUUGAUGUGUCCCCAGAGCAUCCCUUCUUUGUGUAUGGCCAGGGCUGGUCCUCCUGUAGCCCAGGGCGGACUGCUCAGCAUUUUGCUUUGCCCUGUCACAGGCUGCAGGUUGGCGAUGUCUGCAUAUCAAUCAGUUUACAGAGCAUGAAUGGUAUCUCUGCUUCUCAGGCUAACUAUGCUCCCACAGAUCAGUUGCUAUCUACUAGGGAGAUGGCUGAAAGAACAGCUCAGGGGUCCAGAGAGCCAUCUGACAGAGCUGCUGAAAGGAAGAGCCACACAGAUAGGGACAGCUCAACCCAGAACUCUCAUGCAGAACCCUCUCAGCCUGAGACUGGUGGUCAGCACAGCUGGACAGCCCCAGGUUUCCAGAGAUACAGCAUGCAGGCAGAGAAGCCUUGGCCAUCUCUGCUCUGUCCCUCUUUCAUUCCCCAGGAGGUCAAGCUGUCUAUUGAAGGGUGUUCUAAUACAGGGAAGUGAUCUCUUGGAGGCUGUGAGCUAGGGCAUCCCUUGUAGGUGAGCCUCACUGUCAGGUGGAGAAAUUUCACAGACUUUGUGGCAGGUUCACCAGCAAGGCUGCUUUCUGUCCUGUGGGACUGGGUUUAUUCCAGUUCAGUGGCUGACCAGUUCCUCUUGGGGAAUCAAGAGGGCUCCAGUGCCUCAGGGAGCAGCAACAGGUUAGCUGGGGUAGAGACCAAGGAUGUGCUCAUGAGCUUGCAAUGAGAGGAUUACAGAGGCUGGAGGCUGGGGCUUUCUCACACCUCCCUGAAUAACUGAUUCCCUGCAGAGCAGGGUCUAAGUAUUCAGGGUAGGUGGGGAGAUGAAGAGGGCAGACACAGCUUAAGGUAGCAGAUAAAAUUGCUUAAGAUUUUAUUCCUCCUUUCUCAUGAUUGGAAGAAACAAAUCCCUACUGGAGUUUAGAGGGUUCAACUCCGAGUAUCCCUUUUUUUUUCACACAUGCACUUUAAAAGGACUGUUCACCAAUGGAGCUCUUGAGGCCAGGACAGAGAUGCUUCUCUGGUGGUUCUGUUUAAUAUCUCUUCCACUGAAUCCAACUGCUCUUUCUUCUUGCAAAGAAUGUACAGAUUUGAAUGAAUCACAGAAAUUCAAGAAGAAGGACCAAAAGGAUGGGUUUGGGUGUAGGUGUAGGUGAACUUGAGCACUUGGAAUGGGACACGAGUUGGGAUGGGAGACGUCAGUUUCCUGCUAUAAAAUACAUUUAAUCAUUUGUCACCAAAUCAAAUCUUUCUUCCCAUGUUAAUAACUUAAAAAAAUAAAAAUCUCUUGGACUUACAGCUUUUGUAGAGGCUUAGCCUGUGGAUGGAUGGCAUUGGGAGGGGGGUUGUUUGGAAUUUAGUGUUUUGGUUGGGUUUUUUUUUAAAGCUGGAGUAAAAUGUAUUCAUCAUUCUCUAGGGAAGGAUGGAAACAUCCUUUUUCUGUAAGAAGGCCAAGACUAUUUUGUAAUUAAAUCAGAAAACUUUCCAGAUGGCUAAUUCUUCCCUGCAGGCAGUUUCCUGAAUAAGUUCUAGACAAGAGAUGAGUGUUAGUGCAUGUGCGGGCAAGGUACAAAGUUUCUGCUAAGUACACUUCUCUGAUUAAUGUAGCAAAUCUAAAAAUUCCACAGCACCAUGGGGCAUUUUAGGGUGGUUUUGUGUUAGUUUUUCUGAUGCUUCACUUUGGAGUUCCUCUGUGGAAUGUGAUAAAAUCAAGACUAGUCUUUUUCAUGGUGAGAUUUAAUACAAAUGUAUAUUAAUACCUUGUUAUGGUAAUAACACUAUUCAAGUGAAGGCUCCUGUAGUUACACUAAUUUACCCUCUCUGAUGGUGUGUUAUGACACCAGCUCUAACUACUUACCUGGAAUAGAAAGUAGUGACGAUAAGAGUCAGUGGACUGUGGAUGAUAUGAGUCUUCACUGACUUAACCUAAGUUAAUUGUUCCUUGUAUAAAGGUGCCCAUCUCUGUGCUAGGACCAAGCUUUUGAGAGGGUUUCUUUUUGGUGUGCAGGUCCCAACUGAGUCCUGGUGCUGCUCCUGAUGUUCAGCAUACUGUUUUCCAUCUUGUCUCCUCUUCCUGAAGUGUUCUGUCAGGCCUGCCUGUUAGGGCACUGCUGCUCUUUCACUAAGCAGCUUGUGUGUCAGCACCUCUCCUUGGCACCACCAUCUUUCAUUCAGCUGCAGUGGUGGUGUCUCAGGGCUGUUCUGCAUGCUCCAGGAAUGUGUCCUGUAACUAGCUGGCUUCAGUUGAUUGUGAGACAAGGGAGUGCUCUGCCUGGAUAUUAGGCAAAUUAGAGUCUCCAAAAUGUCCCUUCCAUCCAGGCCAUCAGUCAUUUUCCUUGCACAUUGCUAGCCAUUUCUGUUGCCUUUGAAAUGCCUGCAUCAGGACAGUUUAUUUUCAGGCCUUAGGUGAGAUAUGCACUACUCAUGCCUUCAGCAUUUGUGCCUCAUGGGGGUUUCUCCAGAAUGAGGAUGCUGCCUGUAUCACAUGUAGCUUCCCCCAAAUGACACACUGUUUCCAAUAUCAUCAGCUGUAUUUGCAAUGUAUGAAGUCACAGUAAUGAUGUCAUGUGAAGAUUCUACCUUCCUGGAUGCAGCAGCUGCAGGAACAGAUGCUGUGUUCAUGGCACCAUUUGUCAGUGAAAUGUACUGUCUGGGCCCAGGUGCUUGGCUUCAUCCCCUUGUGUGUUUCACAGUUGCUGUUUGUUGGAUACUCCUAUGAGAAGACCUUGAUUAAUGUUGGUUUGUACUUAAUGCUCAGGAUAUCCAGGGUGUCUGUGGCCAAAGUCAGAAGAGCCCAAGUUCUCUUGCCUGAUCUUGCAUGGUGCAUGCAGAGGAAUUCAGAGCUGUGGCAGGCAGCUAAGAAAGGAUCUUGCAUACAUAUGGUGUGUGAAUGUAUCCAGGCUGGUUGCACGCACAGAGGGAACAGUCUGAGCAGCUGAGGGGUGCAGGGCCCCUCAUGUGCACCUCUGAACACAGAAGUCUGUCUUUCAGAGAAAGGGUUUGGAGAGCCUGCUGUAUCUCAUGUAAUUACUUCUAUAUCAGUUACUCAUGUAACUACUCCUAGAUCUCAGCCAUACUAAACAGUGUUCUGAAAGGGCAGACACUGAUGCAUGGGGCACGAUGCUAUAUGGCUAAAAUAGCUUUAUACUGUAGGUAGCUGAAGAGCUGUGAAGGUGCUUGCCCUGGUGUUUACCUGGCCAUUGGCCUAGGCUUUGGCUAGCUGCUUAUCUCUUGAGCAUGGUUUUGAGCUCUGUAGAAUAGGCCAGGGUGAAUUUGAUCUUGGUGCUUCUACCCAGGCUCCCUGUCUGUCCCACUGUUGUGCAUGUUUCAGCUGCCAGCUCUUCUAUGGAAGCAACGGUUUGGGGCACAUCUCAUGGCAGGACAUUGAGAUGAAGAAUCUGGGCAUCUGGCUGCUUGCCCCAAAGGUGGUAGGCAGGAGGGGCCACUGGUGGCUGUCUAGUCCAGCUUAGCAGUUCUUGUGAUCACUGGACUCUGUCCUGACUGGGUUGGGCUGUGUUGCUCAGCCCCUGUGGUGGUGGUUGUAUUAAGCGUUGAGGCUCUCCUGAGAUAAGGAGUGUGUGAGACAGGUGCUUCUGUAGGCAGAAAUGCUAUAAAUGAACCCAUGGAGGAGGCUUUCAUUUCUUUCAUUUCUUAGGUUUACAGGGAAAGGAGGAGAUAACGUCAGGAAGACAUUGUGGAAUGAGAUGGUUAUCUGGGCUUUUCUGCUGGCAGAGGUGUGAUAGGCUUCUCAGAGAAAUAUAUUGUUUUCCUGCUGCUAUUGUGAAGGGGAGGAGAGUGUGGGCUGUCCUACCUGGAGGAGGUAGCAGCAGUGACCUCCUGGCUUUGGUCUUACCCAGCUCACACUCCAUAGCAAGAGUGUGUAGGAUGCAAUACUGGGUGUCUGUAGCCAUCUGUACCAUCUCACAAGCCAUUCCUGGGGUCAGCUGCCCAGCAGAGGCCAGGCCUGUUUUAGACUCUGCAUGCACUGUUGCUCCAGGAACAUGAGAAUUGCUCCAAGCAAUGAGUGCUCAUCAGUACCAGACUAUGCAGUGGAAGCUCUGUCUGGAAAGAAGGGAAGCUGCAGAGGCCCCUCUGCCUCCUCUUUCCAGCAGGAGCACAAGUAUAAUGCACUUUUCACAUUAAGUGUCCCCGUCCCCUGGUCUCCACCCCACACUUGAAGUCACUUUGCCCUGUAGAGAACUAACCCUUGUUACUCAGAAAAUACUGUAACACAAAUGACACCAGCUUGAGUAGCCCAAAAGUAGCUCCUGCCCACAGCAGCAUAUGUGCCUUUCCCUAGCACCAUUCACAACUGCUCUUUGUCUUUCAGGCUGUCAUAGGGCCUGAAACUGCAGAACCUGCUAAGAUGACUCCAAAUUCACACUCUGUACAGAAUUUGGCUCAGGGGGUAUGACUUAAAAUGUUGAUGGUCGAGGCCCUUUCAUGGUCUUCACAUCUGUCCACAGAGGACAGGGCUUGCCCCUAACAUCUUUCUAGGCUGCUGCCACUUCCCCUUGCAAAUAUACCCAUGCACAUUCUGGUUGUUCUGGCUUUCAUGGCACCUUGGCACUAGGGGAAGGUCUGCUCAUGCAAAGCAGAGAAGCAGACUGUGGCCCUGAGGAAGGGGCUGGGCUUCACUGAGGCAGGGAGGUCUUUGUAGAUAAGUGCUGAUACCUUGACUAUAAUCCCAGUUAUGUAAUAGCCGUAUUAACAUGUAACCAACUGCAUUGUAUCUAAAGCCUUAGAACUAGUCAGGUGCUCCACUCCAAAUUUGCUCCUGCCCUCUACCUGAUCUUUAACAAAGCAUUAAUAAUUCUAAAAAUAAUCUCUAUUUUGUUGUGCAUUUUUUUUGUAACUUUUAAAUAAAUCAAUUUCUACUGUAUAUUUGUACUUUUGGUGAGAUCUUUUUUCCUGUUUUACCAUGUUAAAUCUGUACUUGGCUACACACAGAUUGUAUUUUUAUUGUAAAUGCUCCUAUGAAUAUUGCAUUUAAUUUGUU